AUGCGGAUUCAUGGGCGGGGGUAUGGGUCGGGUUGGUCAGGCGUAAGAAGUGCAGAGGGCGUAGGCAGAGGAGGUGAUCUGUGGGUGUAUGGGCGGGAUGAGGGGGUACAAAGGGCAUGUGUGGGCGGGAAAAGAGCUGCGUUGUUUGAAGGGUGUAAAAGUGUGCGCCGACACUGCGAGUGCAUACGAGCGUGGGCGGGGAUACUGGUGGGCGGGGAUACUGGUGGUGGCCCUGGUGGUGGCCCUGGUGGUGGCACUGGUGGUGGCACUGGUGGUGGCACUGGUGGUGGCACUGGUGGUAGCCCUGGUGGUGGCACUGGUGGUGGCCCUGGUGGUGGCACUGGUGGUGGCACUGGUGGUGGCACUGGUGGUGGCACUGGUGGUGGCCCUGGUGGUGGCACUGGUGGUAGCCCUGAUGGUGGCACUGGUGGUGGCACUGGUGACACUGUCUGUCUGCCCUUCUGA